GCGGCACCAUGGGGGCACCGGGGAGCCCCGCGCUCCUGGCGCUGCUCCUGCUGGGCGCCGCCGCCGCGGCGCGGCAGGAGCUGCAAGUCAUCGACCUGCUGCUGGUGAGCGAGGCUCGGCAGAUGGCCAGCGUGGCCCACAAGAUCCGCAUGGAGCUGCUGACUGUCAACGACGUGUACCUCCUGUCCACUUUCCGCCUGCCCCCCAAGCAGGGCGGGACCCUCUUCGGCCUCUACUCCAAGAAGGACAACACGCGAUGGCUGGAGGUGUCCGUGGUGGGGAAGAUUAACAAAGUCCUGGUGAGGUACCUGCGGGAGGACAACAAGGUGCACUCGGUCAACCUGCAGCACGCGCAGGUGGCGGACGGGCAGAGCCACUCUGUCAUCGUGCGCCUGAGCGGGCUGCGCAGGGACGCGCUCGGCGUGGAGCUCUACGUGGACUGCAAGCAGAUGGACUCCAGCGUGGGGCUGCCCGAGCUCUCCGAGAUCCCCCUGGCCGAGGUGGAGUCCAUCGAGGUGCGCACAGGGGUCAAGGCUUACCAGAGGAUGCAGGGGUUUGUAGAGUCCAUGAAGCUGAUCCUGGGAGGGUCCAUGAGCCGUGUAGGGGCCCUGAGUGAGUGCCCUUUCCAAGGAGAUGAGUCCAUCCACAGUGCAGUGACGAGCGUGCUGGCCUCCAUCCUGGGUGAGCAGACCAAGGCACUGGUCACGCAGCUGACCCUCUUCAACCGGCUCCUGACCGAGCUGCGGGAAGACAUCAGGGACCAGGUGAAGGAGAUGUCUCUGAUCCGCAACACCAUCAUGGAGUGCCAGGUCUGCGGUGAGUGCUGCCGAGGCCCUGCUCCCACCUCGGGGGGCAAAGAGCCACCUUGUGUCACCCUUCACCUGCCUCUCCUCUCCUCUCCUCUCCUCUCCUCAGGCUUCCACGAGCACCGCUCCCGCUGCAACCCCAACCCCUGUUUCAGCGGCGUGGACUGCAUGGAGACGUACGAGUACCCUGGGUACCGCUGCGGGCCCUGCCCGCCGGGGCUGGAGGGCAACGGCACCCACUGCGCUGACAUCGAGGAGUGUGCCCAUGCCAACCCCUGCUUCCCCGGCUCCAAGUGCAUCAACACAGCCCCGGGGUUCCGCUGCGAGCCCUGCCCGCGGGGCUAUCGGGGCAACACCGUGUCUGGCGUGGGGGUGGACUAUGCCAGGGCCAGCAAGCAGGUUUGCACAGAUAUCGAUGAAUGCAACGAUGGCAACAAUGGGGGCUGCGACCCCAACUCCAUCUGCACCAACACUCAGGGCUCCUACAAGUGUGGGCCCUGCAAGUCGGGCUUUGUGGGCAACCAAACAUCUGGCUGCGUGCCCCAGAGGUCCUGCAGCACUCCCACCUCCAACCCCUGCGACAUCAACGGCUUCUGCCUGUUUGAGAGGAACGGGGAGAUCUCCUGUGCUUGCAACGUGGGCUGGGCUGGCAAUGGCAACGUGUGUGGGCCAGACACAGACCUGGAUGGGUACCCAGACGAGCCCCUGCCCUGCAUCGACAACAACAAGCACUGCAAGCAGGACAACUGCCGCCUGACGCCCAAUUCUGGCCAGGAGGAUGCUGACAACGACGGCAUUGGGGACCAGUGUGAUGACGAUGCUGAUGGUGAUGGUGUCAAGAACGUGGAGGACAACUGCCGGCUCUUCCCCAACAAGGACCAGCAGAACUCGGACACUGACUCCUUUGGGGAUGCCUGUGACAACUGCCCCAACGUGCCCAACAACGACCAGCGGGACACGGACAGCAACGGCGAGGGGGACGCUUGUGACAAUGACAUUGAUGGGGACGGGAUACCCAACAUGCUGGAUAACUGCCCCAAGGUGCCCAACCCUCUGCAGACCGAUCGGGACGAGGACGGUGUUGGGGACGCCUGUGACAGUUGCCCUGAAAUGAGCAACCCCACUCAGACAGAUAUGGACAGUGACCUGGUAGGAGACAUCUGUGACACCAACGAGGACAGUGAUGGAGAUGGACAUCAGGACACCAAGGACAACUGCGCCGAGAUCCCCAACAGCUCCCAGCUGGACUCGGACAACGAUGGGCUGGGGGAUGACUGUGACAACGACGAUGACAACGAUGGCAUCCCGGACUAUGUGGCACCCGGCCCAGACAACUGCCGCCUCAUUCCCAACCCCAACCAGAAGGACUCAGACGGGAACGGCGUGGGUGACGUCUGCGAGGAGGACUUUGACAAUGACACGGUGGCGGACCAGCUGGACGCGUGCCCCGAGAGCGCCGAGGUGACGCUGACCGACUUCCGCGCCUACCAGACCGUCAUCCUCGACCCCGAGGGGGACGCCCAGAUCGACCCCAACUGGGUCGUGCUCAACCAGGGCAUGGAGAUCGUGCAGACCAUGAACAGCGACCCGGGUUUGGCUGUGGGUUACACAGCCUUCAACGGGGUGGACUUCGAGGGCACCUUCCACGUCAACACCAUCACCGACGAUGACUACGCCGGCUUCAUCUUCAGCUACCAGGACAGCGCCAGCUUCUACGUGGUGAUGUGGAAGCAGACGGAGCAGACUUACUGGCAGGCCACCCCCUUCCGGGCUGUGGCCGAGCCGGGGCUGCAGCUCAAGGCGGUGAAAUCCUCGACGGGCCCCGGGGAGCACCUGCGCAAUGCUCUGUGGCACACGGGCCACACGCCCGACCACGUCCGCCUGCUCUGGAAGGACCCGCGGAACGUGGGCUGGAGGGACAAGACGUCCUACCGCUGGCAGCUGGCACACAGGCCCCAGGUGGGCUACAUCAGGGUCCGUCUGUACGAGGGCCCGCAGCUGGUGGCCGACUCCGGUGUGAUCAUCGACACCACGAUGCGCGGGGGCCGGCUGGGGGUCUUCUGCUUCUCCCAGGAGAACAUCAUCUGGUCCAACCUGCAGUACCGCUGCAACGACACGAUCCCCGCCGACUUCGAGCCCUUCCGCCGGUUCCUGCUGGAGGGACGCGAGUGACCGCGCCCGGCACGGGCCUCCCCCGCCAGCGGCACCG